CCCCCUUUGCCCAUCUUCCACCUCUGGACCCAUUUCCCUCCGUGCACACCUCCACUCCCAUCCAUGGCGUCUCCCCCAAAACCCUAACCCCAAACUAGCCCAAUCCCUCCCCCUCUUCCUCCCAGGCCACACACCGCCACCGCGCCAGCUAGCGCCAUGGACCACCACCACAAGCCCGGGCUGCGCGUGCGCCUCCGCGUCACCGCCGCGCGCCAACGCGCGUGGCAGAAGUCCGCCUGCCGCAAGCCCCCGCGCCGUGACCCCGCGGACACCGUGCGGAAGUUCAUGCGCCGCGAGAUCGGCGGCGGCCACCGCCGGCCCCCGCGCCCCGCUGCCCCCUCCACCUCCGCCUUCUCCUCCCCCGAGAAGUUCCGCAACUUCCAGCUCCAGGAAGAAUAUGACACAUAUGACGAUGGUAUUGCCCAGCUGCCAUUGCGGUGGAACAGAAGGAAGAUUAUUGAGAUUGUUGCUGCAAGUGAUUUAAUAUUUGUACUUGCCGAAUCUGGUCUCUGUGGUGCAUUUAGUCGGAGAACAAACAAACACAUAUGCCAUUUGAAUAUAAGUCCUGAUGAAGUGAUUAGGAGCUUGUUCUACAAUAAAAACAACGACUCCCUUAUCACUGUUUCAAUGUAUGAAUCAGAACGUUUCGUUUCGCUGAAGUGCAGAACAACUCCGAUAGAGUACAUCAGGAGAGGCCAGCUACAUGACGGAUUUCCUUUAUUUGAAUCCGAAUCACUGAAAUAUCCUGGAUUUGUUGAGUUUGAUGAUGUUAAUGGCAAAGUAUUAACUUUUUCAGCACAUGAUAGUACCUACAAAGUUUUUGAUCUGAAGAAUUACAAGUUUCUGUAUUCUAUAUGCGAUAAGGACAUCCAGGAGAUUAAGAUAAGCCCUGGAAUCAUGCUUGUGAUAUACCAGAAGGCAACUAAUCAUGUUCCACUAAUGAUUGUGUCAAUCGAGGAUGGAAAACCACUGAAAACCUUCACUCAAUUACUGCAUCGAAACAGAAAGGUUGACUUCAUUGAGCAGUUCAACGAAAAACUUCUUGUGAAGCAGGACAAGGAAAACCUACAGAUUAUCGAUGUCAGAAACUCUGAUCUGAUUGAGGUGAACAAGACAGAAUUCAUGACCCCUUCAGCAUUCAUCUUCCUGUACGAAAACAAUCUAUUCCUGACAUUCUGCAAUAGAACGGUCGCUGCUUGGAAUUUCCGUGGAGAGCUAGUUACAUCGUUCGAUGACCAUGAGUUGUGGCAUCCCAACUGCAACACCAACAAUAUAUACAUCACUGCCGACCAGGACCUGAUCAUCUCAUACUGUAAAGUUUCAAGAGGUGUUACAGACGAUGCUGAAGGUGGAUGUGGGGAAGCUCCCCCCAUGGGGUCAAUCAACAUGAGCAACAUCUUCACGGGGAAGUGCAUCGCAAAGAUCUCUGCCCUCGACCCUAAUCUUGUGAUCGCUCCUCGAAGACCAGGCGACAGCAGCAGGUCUAUCGUCCGGAGCACCGUCGCCGAAGCCCUGGAGGACAUUACUGCGCUCUUCUACGACGAGGACCGCAACGAGAUUUACACGGGGAAUGGCAGAGGCCUGGUCCAUGUGUGGUCUAAUUGAUCAAUCUCUCUGCCUCCCCCACACCCCCAAUCUUGUGUACAUAGGUACCUCCUGUACCUGGUAUUUCAUUCCCUGUCACAUACCAAUUGUAAUGACCGCCUGGUCUGACGAUAGUGGGAUUGAUUCUAUCUGGAUUUAUCUUUUGAUACAACAUUAUUAGAAUAAUCUGAGUGUAGAUUUCGCUGACCUCAGAAUCAGCCUUAGCAGAAUUUAUCUUCUGAAAAUGUGAAGUUUUCCUCCAGUGGACACUG